AUGACUAUUAAGAAAUAUGAAAACUGCAAAAGAAUCUUCAAAAGGUUAUUCAACAAGGAGACUUUGAAAAACAGGAUCCCGAUUACAAUAUGGCUGCCGUCUUACAGCGUGUCGAUGUGGGUGCAGGACUGCGCGGCGGGCGCGGCGGUGGGCGCCUCGGCGGUCGCGCAGGGGCUCGCCUACGCAGCCCUGGCCGGCCUGCCCGCGCAGCACGGGCUCUACUCCGGCAUCGCCGGCGGCUUCGUCUACGCCCUCCUCGGCAGUUGCCCCACCAUGUCCAUCGGACCCACCUCCAUCAUAUCAGCUCUCACGGCGAAAUACGUCCAAGGACUCUCCAUAGACUUCGCCGUCUUAGCGGCCUUUCUCACCGGACUGGUGCAAGUCGCCCUGGGAGUGUUUCAACUGGGCUUCCUCGUGGAUUUCAUAUCGGGACCGGUCCUCACUGGCUUCGUCAGUGGCGCUGCGUUGCAAAUUAUGACGUCACAGUUGAAGUCCCUGCUCGGGACUAACGGUGGUGGCGGACAUUCUUUCGUCGAGUCGAUACGAAACUUCUUCAUGAACAUUACUAGUGUUAGACCGACGGACGCAGUUUUAGGAGUGUCUACCAUAUUAGUACUGAUUGUUAUGAAGAGGCUUGCAGUCGGCUGCAGUCGUCAAGAUAAACUGAUGAAGAGACUGAGAUGGUAUGUGUCGCUGGCUAGAAACGUGAUCGUUGUUGUUGUGGGCAUCAUCAUCGCAUAUGUGUGCCACGUGACACUCGGUCAUGACGAAACCUUCAAACUCAUCGGUGAAAUCAACGCUGGCUUGCCGACAGUCCAGCUGCCUCCUGUCACCACUACUGUUGGCAACGUUACCUACAGUUUUGGAGAUAUGCUGACCACAUUAGGGCCGCAAUCCCUAGUAAUACCUCUUGUGGCUAUACUAGAAGUUGUGGUUAUAGCAAAAGCCUUUACUCGAGAUGCCAGAUUUGACUCGACACAAGAGAUUAUAGUGUUAGGGUUAUGCAAUAUGAUGGGAUCUCUCGUGGGCAGUAUGCCGCUCAUAUAA